GCGCCUCCCGGACACGGCAGUGAGAGUGGUGGAUGAGGAAACGCGGCAGCAGCGGCAGUGUUUCGGCUCCUCUCCGCCUCACCGUGACUCGGAGCUUCGGAGCCCGGCAGCGGUUAGCAUGUGGCUAACCGCCGCUGCUCUCCCACCGACGAACACAGCGUGGCGCGGGACAGCGGUUCAAACCCGGAAGCGACCUGAGUGUCCAGCUGCUGUUCAGGUUCUGCUGUCCAGCCUCAGGUGUGCCAGAGAAGAACCGUCACCUCCAGAAACAGGACGGUGGACCAGCAUGUGCCCCGCUGAACCCUGACCCUGUGGGGCUUCGUCUGAAUGCCUGUCCUGAGCUCUGCUGUGGAGGCGUCCUCUCUUCACCUGGACGCUGUAGAGGCGUCCUCUCUUCACCUGGACCCUGUGGAGGCGUCCUCUCUUCACCUGGACCCUGUGGAGGCGUCCUCUCUUCACCUGGACGCUGUAGAGGCGUCCUCUCUUCACCUGGACCCUGUGGAGGCGUCCUCUCUUCACCUGGACGCUGUAGAGGCGUCCUCUCUUCACCUGGACGCUGUGCCUGAGUCCAGAGGUCUGAGCGAUGUCGCAGUGGAAAGCGUUCUUCAGCCACGGUCUGGGUCAGCUGCGCUGGUCGAACACGGUGGUCCAGGCCUUGGCUCUGACCGUGGUCACGUUCUGUGUGGUCCUUCCUCUGUGCUGCCACCGCCUGCUCUACUCCUACUUCUUCAUCCGGUCCAUGUACCUGGACUCCAUGAGUGAGCAGGUCCUGCAGGACAGCUACCUGCGGGGUCAAGACGCCCUCCGUUUCUGGCAGAGUCUGGCGCCGCUGGGGUUCCGAAACGUUUCGAGGCGGCCCGACCUGCUGGUGACCGUGGUGACGGCCAGACGUAGCGACGGCCGGGACUUCCACUACCUGCUGCAGGUGAUGCGGCAGCUGAGCGCGGCGGCGGGGAGCUGCGGGCCGCGGCGCUGCGCAGAAGUCCUCGUCUGCGACGUGGAGAACGGUCCCCUGGACAACCAGGACGCCAGGCUGCUGGAGCCCCAUUUCAGGGUGGUCCGGCGGUCCCAGCAGGAGCAGCGGCUGAAUAAAGAGCGAGUCAACACUUUUGAGAAGGAGAAGAGGGACUACGUGUUCUGCCUGCGCCGGGCCUGGGCGCUGGUCAAGCCCAGGAACAUGGUGGUUCUGGAGGACGACGCUCUGCCCAGACCGGACUUCUUCCUGGUCGUUAAACACCUGCUGUCGCGCCGCUUCGCCCUCCAGACUCUGUACAUCAAGCUGUACCACCCCGAGCGGCUGCAGCGCUACUGGAACCCGGAGCCGUACCGCCUGCUGGAGUGGCUGGGGCUGGGCGUGGUGGGCGCCACCGCCCUGCUGCUCAGCUUCCCCUACUGGAACCCCUGCUCCUUCUCCUUCAGCCUGUCGGCCUGCCACCUCGUCUUCUUCACGCUGUACUUCAUGGCCGCCGCCGAGCUGCUGGGGCGCCACUACCUGCUGGAGGCCCGGCGGCUGUCCCCGCAGCUGUACGCCGUCAACCCGGCCACCGAGUGCUGCACGCCGGCCAUGCUGUUCCCCGGGAACACCUCGCUGCGGGUGGCCCAAUACCUGGACGCCUCCUUCUGCGUCAAGGGAAACGCCAAAGACAUGGUGAUGUACCAGAUGGCCCGGGCCCUCCCUGGAGGACGCUCUCACAGCGUGGAACCCAACCUCAUCAGCCACAUCGGGGCCUACUCCUCCGUCAGGCCCAACCCGGCCAGACCCAAGCUCCUCUGACCCGAAGACCUGGUCCUGACGGGUCUGCCUGUCGCUGUACUGGCAGGACGCCUUUCCACUGGAACCAGGAGGGUGCUCUGGUCAUUGGCAGAACGCUGACGGCGUUCUCUCCACGCUGGGGGCUUGCUGGUGGUCCUGACGCCACUCAGGCGGAUGUGGAAGGAUCGACCGUUGACCGCUGGGUGGAGGGUUGGUCAGCGAGCAGAAAGCCGUUUGCUCUGUUUUUCUGUUCAUUGUGUGAAGUUUGAUGGUGAGCCUAACAACCCCUUCCUGAAUAAAUAUGACCUUUAAAUGACCUCUGAGGUGGAACUAUGGAGCAGCUUGAGUUGCAUCUUGACCCCAGUCAGGAAGGCAGUCUGGUUCACCAGCUGAUUCCAGAACCUCCACCAGGUUUUAAUCGCGAGAAGAAACGUGACUUUGCAAAAUUUUCAAUGAUCAACACCCCGUGAUGACCAGCAGGGUGUCACAGCUCUGCUCCUCUGAAGGCCUGGAGUCCCGUCUGCUGCACCUGCAACCUGCAGCGUGACCCUUUGUCACCCACAAUGCACCUGCACCCCCACCCCCCACACCACCCACAAUGCACCUGCAUCCCACACCCUUCACUCCACCCACCCUCACUCCAUCAGCCUUCACCCCACACACAAAUGGGAGUGUGUUAUGAGUGUCUCAGGUGUGGUUGAGAAUUGGGUUUAGUGCCCCCCCCCCCCCCACACACACACACACACACACACACCCCACCACCCCCCCACCACCUGGCCCAGUGUAUUUGAAGUUGCGGGCGGUGCCAGGCUGCCAGGUCUCUGAGAGAGUUGUGUUUUCCUCCAAAGCCAGCAGAGCCUUUCAUGGCUUCAGAGAUGCUGAUUACAUGCUGAUCUUUUAUUUUCUGCUCUUUGUUUCAGAAAUGCUGAUUUUUGUUUUGUUUUCUGCUUCAGAGAUGCUGUGAUGAAAUGCUGGUUUUUUGUUUUCUGCUCUGUGUUUCAGAGAUGCUGUGAUGAAAUGCUGGUUUUUUGUUUUCUGCUCUGUGUUUCAGAGAUGCUGUGAUUAAAUGC